AUGAUGAUUAACGGGAGUCUAGCAGGUGAUUUCAUAUUGGUGGGUUUCUCUGACCAGCCACAACUCGAGAAGAUUCUCUUUGUCUUGGUGUUAAUCUUCUACCUCCUAACACUUGUGGGAAACACAACAAUCAUCCUUGUCUCCUGCCUGGAUCCCAUGCUCCACACACCCAUGUAUUAUUUUCUCACCAAUCUUUCCUUUGUUGAUCUAUGCUUUACCACCAGCAUUGUCCCACAGUUGCUGUGGAACCUCCAUGGUCCAGACAAGACAAUUACUCCUAUAGGUUGUGCCAUUCAACUCUAUGUGUCUCUGGCACUGGGAUCCACGGAGUGUGUGCUCCUUGCGGUCAUGGCAUUUGAUCGUUAUGCUGCUGUUUGCCAACCACUUCACUAUGCUACAGUUAUGCAUCCACAACUUUGCCAUUCACUUGCAGCAAUAGCAUGGUUAAGUGGGCUGGGGAAUACCCUGAUUCAAGGCACCAUUACACUUAGAUUGCCUCGUUGUGGAAACCGUAGAAUAUAUCAUUUCAUUUGUGAAGUACCUGCCAUGAUCAAAUUGGCCUGUGUAGACAUUCAUGCCAAUGAAGUCCAACUCUUUAUGGCAUCGUUGGUACUGCUUCUACUUCCACUAGGGCUCAUAUUGAUCUCAUAUGGCUUCAUUGCCCAAGCGGUAAUGAAAAUAAAAUCAGCUCAAGCGUGGCGAAAGGCACUUGGAACAUGUGGGUCUCAUCUUUUGGUGGUAACUCUCUUCUAUGGAACCAUCACAGCUGUCUAUAUCCAACCAAAUAGCUCCUACGCCCGCAGUCAAGGAAAGUUUAUAACUCUUCUGUAUACUGUAGUAACGCCUACCUUUAACCCUCUCAUUUACACUUUGAGAAACAAAGAUGUAAAAGGAGCUUUGAAAAGACUGGUACUGAAGGAUCUUAACAAGUCAAAGUGA